UCCGUCGCCUAGUUAUGUGUUGGGAAAAGGACUUUGCGAACUAGCAGAGAUGUCAGUCCAGGUUUUGGCAGCGGAAAUGGCCGAGGUCGAAUUAAAAGACGUCCCCAGCAAAGCAUUAACACCCGAAUCGCCUCUGACAACAAAGGCAGACGACAAAGGGAUAGUUGAAAGCGAACCAAAAGCUGUCGCUACUUCGGCUACUACCCCAACGAUGGAGCCUAUCGUGAAAACCGGGGACCCGAGCCCUGGUUUUCUCACCCCGAACACUAAGAUGCCGCAGGCGUCCGCGAUGAAACGGUCAGAUCCCCAACAAAACGGUGGAGAAGCUUUCGUAAAUCGCGACGGUACGGUGGCAGAGGCCCCAAGAUUGAAAAAGAUCCAGUUUGCGGACCAAAAACAAGAGUUCAACAAACGUCCCACCAAGAUCGGCCGCCGCUCCCUGUCCCGAUCCAUCUCCCAGUCCUCCACAGACAGCUACGGCUCAGCUGCGUCGUACACGGACAGCUCUGACGACGAGACUUCUCCUCGGGACAAGCAGCAGAAGAACUCCAAGGGCAACGGAGACUUCUGCAUCAAGAACAUCAAGCAGGCCGACUUCGGACGCAGGGAGAUCGAGAUCGCUGAGCAAGAGAUGCCAGCCCUCAUGGCCCUGAGGAAGAGAGCCCAGGGAGAGAAGCCGCUGGCUGGGGCCAAAGUAGUGGGCUGCACCCACAUCACAGCUCAGACAGCCGUGUUGAUGGAGACUCUGUCUGCCCUGGGGGCUCAGUGCAGGUGGGCUGCCUGUAACAUCUACUCCACUCAGAAUGAGGUGGCAGCUGCUCUGGCCGAGGGAGGGUUCUCUGUGUUCGCAUGGAAGGGCGAGUCGGAGGAUGACUUCUGGUGGUGCAUCGACCGCUGCGUCAACCUAGAGGGCUGGCAGCCUAACAUGAUCCUGGAUGACGGCGGAGACCUGACCCACUGGAUCUAUAAGAAAUACCCCAACAUGUUCAAGAAGAUCAAGGGAAUCGUGGAGGAGAGCGUCACUGGAGUACACCGGUUGUACCAGCUGUCCAAGGCGGGGAAGCUGUGUGUCCCGGCCAUGAAUGUCAACGACUCUGUGACCAAGCAGAAGUUUGACAACCUCUACUGCUGCAGGGAGUCCAUCCUGGACGGUCUGAAGAGGACCACUGAUGUAAUGUUUGGGGGGAAACAGGUGGUUGUGUGUGGAUAUGGAGAGGUGGGGAAGGGUUGCUGUGCUGCUCUCAAGGCCAUGGGCUCCAUCGUGUACGUCACAGAGAUCGACCCCAUCUGUGCCUUGCAGGCCUGCAUGGAUGGCUUCAGACUGGUGAAGCUGAGUGAGGUGAUCAGACAAGUGGACAUUGUCAUCACUUGCACAGGUAAUAAGAACGUGGUGGUGAGAGAAUACUUGGACCGUAUGAAGAACGGCUGUAUUGUCUGUAACAUGGGACACUCGAACACCGAGAUCGACGUGGCGAGCCUGCGGACCCCGGAGCUGACCUGGGAGAGAGUGAGGUCACAGGUGGACCACGUCAUCUGGCCCGACGGCAAGCGGAUAGUGCUGCUGGCUGAGGGUCGUCUGCUGAACCUAAGCUGCUCUACGGUCCCCACCUUUGUCCUGUCCAUCACCGCCACCACUCAGGCCCUGGCUCUGAUAGAGCUGUACAACGCCCCGGAGGGACGCUACAAACAGGAUGUCUACCUGCUGCCCAAGAAGAUGGAUGAGUAUGUGGCCAGUCUUCACCUGCCUACGUUCGAUGCCCACCUCACUGAGCUGAGUGACGAGCAGGCCAAGUACCUGGGCUUGAACAAGAACGGGCCGUUCAAGCCGAACUACUACAGGUAUUAAACCAACUCUGAAAUGAAGAAAAUACCAAGGCUCCAAAAAUCGUACAGAACCCAGAAGAAAGGAGAGAGGAGGACGGAAUAGUCACACACCUGCUUUUUACAAGAGGGGAGGAGCUAUGUGCUAAUUGCUCCGAGUGGAGGGCGUGGCUUACCUGCGCUUUGGCAGUGUUUUAUUUAUUUCCGCUAGAAUAAUGUAACUCUAACCUUUUUUUUGAGCUGCUCCUGCCAUUUUGCGCUCCUUAGCAAGCGUCUCCUGGAGAUUUCGUCUUCUCUUAGCUACUUGUCUGUCCGUCAGUCAGUCGUACGUAAACUCCGUUGCGAGAUCUUUUUAUUGUUCGUUUAAAACCUAAAAGAUGGAAAAACUAUUAAUGACGAAAAACCAAUGUACAAAAAAAUCUCUGUGUGAAUGAAAGAUGACCUCUGAAGAUUUAGUGAUGGACGUGUGGUUCAUGUCCUGUUGUCCGUAUUUCCUACUCUUGAUUUUUUUUU